AUGCUGUCGCUACAAGGUCCGAUACGAGGCGACAACCCCAACGCAUCUCAGGCUGACGACAAUCAAACUGCCUACGAACUUGAUCCUGUGGUACUUAGUGCUGCUCAGGAUGCCCAAGAGGAUGACCUUCGGGCACACGGAGCCGAGACCAAUGACCGGUCUCCUGCAUUGGACGAGAUAUCAGAGCCGUUUCUAGACUCGGUGCGGAACGAGCGACGAUCAAGAGCGAUGCCCGGGUCUGAGCACAGGUUAUCUGAAGCCUUCAUCAACAGUCUUCCUUAUCACACGCCAAUCCAAAAGCCAGAGGGUUACCCAGAGCUGAAGUACAAGCCCUUACUGCUACGACGUCGGCUACUAAUUCCUCUCUUUGUAUUUUAUGUCUGUUGCUUGGCGUUCGUCGCGGCUCUCGUGGCGCUGAACACCUUCGCACCAACAGACCUUCACAUCAGAAGGUCCGUCGGCUAUAACGCCUUCAACUACGUGCCCUCGGUGCUAGGCUCGGUCACUACAACCACAUUUCGGUCAUUGGUCUCUUCGUACGGUCGGCUUUUGCCUUAUCUCACGAUGAGUGCCUCCACCUUCCGUACUCGACAGAGAAACGACGUACACAACACGAACACAAUCCUCGUUGGGUCUUUCGUGUCACUCCACCUGAUCCCCAACGAUCUUGGAUUUGAGCUGCUCCGAUAUGGCCACUAUCUCACUUUUGCAUUGUUCUGGUCACGAGUCAUCAUCAACGGCUAUUUUGCUUCCUUCAAGGCAGCUUUGAUUCGUGUGACACCGGACUCACACGGUUGGCAGGUAUCCAUAUCGAAUCCUGUGGGUUAUGCGCUGAUAGCCAUGUAUACGGGCAUAAUUGCGAGCACUUUGGCUAUCAUAAUCCGCACUUGGGAUGCAACUACAGGUCUCAAGUGGGAUCCUGGCAGUUAUGCGGCCCAGAUUGCUUUGCUCCAGAAUUCCAACGUACCGGCGGUACUACGUGCGCUUGAUUUGGAUGCGUCAGCGUCAAAUAAAAUAUUCAUGGAAAAGCUACGGGCCAUACCAGCGUCCCUUGGACCACUCCGACUUGGCUACUGGCGAGCUACGGAGGACGAGACAAAGAUCUUACAUGGGAUUGGAUUCAUUGGAAGCCCGAAGAAGCCUGUACGAACCCGUCAAUCUCCGGACCCUGAUCCUGGCUCACUGGAGGCUGUCAAUGUCAAUGUUGAGUACGAAAGAAGCACAAGGCAUGGGAGUGUGAAUCUACCAACCGACUUCAAAUGGGACGAGUACAAGACGCCGACGCCAGAACAAGUUCGCUACUUUUGUCCGAGCUUUUGGCAGUCCGAUUGUGCGCUUCUUGUCGGUUUCACCAUGUGCUGCACCAUAACCGGGGUUUUUGUUUGGUGGAUAACUUCUGGAAAGCUGAAGAGUGGCUGGAUCUUCAAGCAUCCAGCCGCAUCGAAUGCCGGGCCUCCUCCAAUCUGGCUAGGUGAAGUCUACAUCGCGGCAAUUCCAGCCCUGACCAACUCUCUGCUGUCGAUGCUUUGGUUUAAUGCGGACUUGUUCUACCGCGCCUCGGCGCCGUUGGCGGGGAUGUUCGUUCCGCGCGACGCCAGGGAGACUAUUUUGCUCGACUACCUCUCGCCAGACGUUGUAACGACUGUUGUGACUGGGCUUGGGAAUUGGCACUGGAGAGUCGUGUGGUUUACACUGCUCACACUCAUCGCGCCUUACAUAAGUGUCUUUGCGGCCAACAUAUUUCUGAUCCGUAGGGGCGACACUGUGGACCACCUCACGAUUAUCCCAACAAACCUCUACGUAUCACUGGCGGCCGUCUCACUGUACGCCAUCAGCUGCAUUCUGGCCCGUCCGCCAAUCGAGUACCGCUUCCCGCGAAUGGUCCUGAGCAUCUCCGACCUCCUCUCUUACUGUUACGACUCGUCACUCAUGACAGCCAAAGAAUUUUCAGCUCAAGAACCCGACGACGAGGAGAUCCACCUCCGAUCGAAGAUCCACCUCGCAAAACGAAAGUACUAUUUCGGAUUCUACAGAGGCACGGAUGGGAAGCGGCAUCUCGGUUUCGACGCGAAUGAGUUCUCGGAGUCGGGGGGGAAGGCGGCGUCUGUGCAUGCCGUCAUCCCAGGGAAGUAUCCUUGCUUUCUCUUCCGAAAACCCUGGUGGAUUGGAUCGCGCCGCCACAAGAACUGCCGCCCACGUCUUGCUCGGCUUGAAAAUGCGAGGGAGGGAGAAGCCGAGGCAGGCCAGGAUGAGAAUGGAAGCGGUCUCGCACGAACGACUUCGGCGGCACUUUCGUUCGCUACGGCGCACGAAUUUGCGGAUGGCGAGUCUGACGAUGAUGGCCAGAUACGGCCAAUCGGCCACGUGGAUACGCUCAUCGUGGAGGAUGGUCUCGGCCAUGGUCGACGAGCAUCGCAGCCGGCUGCGGGCAGCAGUGGUGUCAGGAGAUUUCGACAGAGCCACAGUUUGCAGCAAAGAGCUGCAGGGACAGGAUGA